AUGCAUUUACAAACAUUUCCAAUGGAUAAUCAACAUUGUCAUAUUAAUAUUGGUAGUUAUGGUUAUACAUUAAAUGAAUUAAAAUUUGUAUGGAAUCAUGAUAAACCAGUUGAAUUAGCUGAAAAAUUACAAUUAUCUGAAUUUGAAACACCAAAACAAUUUAUUACAAAUGAUUGUUCAUCUGGUUAUUCUACAUCAACUGGACAAUAUACAUGUUUAAAUGCAACAUUUGAAUUACAAAGACAAUUAGGUAGUUAUUUAGCAACAACAUAUAUACCAAAUGUAUUAAUUAUUAUGGUAUCAUGGUUAAGUUUUUGGGUGAAUGUUGAUUCAGCACCAGCACGUGUACCAUUAGGUUUAUUAAGUUUACUUGGUAUAUUAACACAAGCUAUAAGUGUAUCAUCAACAUUACCACGUGUAUCAUAUAUUAAAGCAAUAGAUAUAUGGAUGAUAUUUUCUAUUAUAUUUGUUAUUGGUGUAUUAGUUGAAUAUGCUAUAGCAUUAACUAUAUUAAGACGUAAACAAUCUGAAACAUGGCAUGAAGAUGUUAAAGAGAUAGUACGUGAAGAAUUAGCUAGAUGGUGUGCUAUAUGUCAACAACAACAAUUAAUACAAUUACAAAAUACAAAUCAAUUAAUUAAAGGACAAUUAGAAUUUCGUGAAGAAUUAGAACAUUUAUUAACUAAUCAAUUUAUUGAUGAUUAUAAAGAUAAAACGAAACCAAAACGACCACCUGGUUUAAUUGAAUCAGAAAUUGAUACAUAUAGUAGAUUUUUAUUUCCAGCAUGUUUUGUAUUAUAUAAUUGUUUUUAUUGGUGUUAUUUUUUAAUUAUUGUUAAUCAAAUUUAA